GGAGGUGACGUACUUCCGCCAUCCGGAGACAUGGCGGCUGCAAGCAGCAAAAAAGCGCUGAGGUUUUUUUCUCAGUUCGGAGCUUUUAUCCUGACUCGGUUCAGCUUCUGGAACUGCUUCAGUAUGCUGAUGCUGUUCGCCGAGCGCGCGGAUGUCAAGCGGAAGCCAGACAUCCAGGUGCCUUACCUGUACUUUGAUUUAGGAGCCGCGGUGCUGUGCGCCAGUUUCAUGUCCUUCGGGGUGAAGAGAAGGUGGUUCUCUCUGGCCGCUGCGCUUCACCUGGCCCUCAGCACGUACGUGUCCUAUGUGGGUGGACAGGUCCAUUAUGGAGACUGGCUGAAGGUGAGGAUGUACUCCAGGGCCUUGGCCAUCAUCGGAGGCUUUCUGGUGCUGGCCAGCGGAGCAGGAGAGGUUUACAGACAGAAACCCCGCACACGCUCACUGCAGUCCACCGGACAGGUCUUUCUCGGCAUCUACCUGAUCUGUAUGGUGUACUCUCUCCAGCACAGUAAGGAGGACCGGCUGGCGUAUCUGGAUCACAUCCCCGGCGGCGAGGUCACGCUCCAGCUGCUGCUGCUCGUGUUCGGGGUGCUAGCGCUCUCCUAUCUCUCGGGCUGCUACGUGCGAGUAGCUUCCCAGAUCCUGGCCGUUCUCUUGCCUUUGAUCGUGCUGUUCAUCGACGGGAACGUGGGCUACUGGCACCGCAGCUGCCGCGUGGAGUUCUGGAACCAGAUGAAGCUGAUCGGGCAGAACGUGGGCAUCUUCGGAGCAGUGCUGAUCCUAGCCACGGACAGCUGAAGGGAGAUCUCGGUCCCUCCCGGGUGGACUACAAUUCCCAGCCUGCUCCGGAAUCCUCCUCCGCGAGCACAAAGACUGUUUACAUUUUUUUCGUUUCCAUUUUUUUAAAAUGCAUUAUUUAAAGAUGAAGAACGACUAUGAGUCUUAAACGUUAAAUUAAAGCUGAAUGAUGACUUCGAGGGGAGCUUGGAGACACGUUCUCAUCCAUGUAGUAACGUGGGAUUUUUCCUCAUGUUAAAAUGCUAUUGCAUUGUUUGCUGCUUCUAUUCAGUUUGCAUUCCAUAUACGACUUCUGGAAAAGCAUCACAAUGUCAAUAAAACAUUUUUUGUAUGAAA